AUGACACAAACUAAAUCUCACAAAUCACCAAAGGGCGCUAUCAAAGAUAGCCGUGCUCUCAACAUCAUGAAGCACCUGGACCCCAAGUCUUCGAGCUCGUCCUCACGGCGGUCCAGCAAGUCUCUCCCUCUCAGCUCCUUUACUACUGACCAUAAACGAAGAGCUUCGAGCUCGUCGAUCUCCAGCGUUUCCUCAGUCUCAUCUAUCGAAGCCCUUAGUGACGAGGCCAAUGAAUCAGAGGAGGACGCUGAUGAUGAAAAGGAACAGCCAGCUGUUCGCGGCCCGUCUUACGGUAGGCGUGACAAGGGCCGUAAGUCGCGCAUGAAGCCUACGGGCCGGAAAAGGGUGAGGCUCUCCGACGAUGAUGGCUAUGACGGGCAAAGAAGCAGCGAUGAAAGUGACUCAGAUGGGAGCUCCGACGAUGUAUACGCUGCCGUGGACGAUAUAAGCGACGGAGACGAUGAAGAUCAGGAUGUUGAAAUAUUGGAAGAGCUCCUUAUUGUCGAGUCAGAGGAUGAGCACGCCGUCGAUGACAUCUUCAAGACUUCCACUGUGUCUGAGCUUGACUUGGCCGGUACCAAUAGUUUUGAAGAUCACAUGCUGCUGUCUGCUGCCUCGUUCUUUGACGAGGAUCAGCUCUACAGUGCUAUGGAAACCUUUGGCGAGACUGACUUCGCCAGCGAGGCGGCUGCGGAGACGCCCAUGCCUAGGCGUGUCCAUUUUGAAGAGGAUUCUGAUUCCUCGUCGGAAAGCGACUCGCAUACAGAGGAUGAGAUCCCGAGUGAUUUCUUGCAACAGGACAGUCUCGAUCCUCAACUACGUCGUAUGAUUGAGAACGACAACGAGAACUACAGCAGCCGCCGUCGCCAGUCCGAUGAGUUGUUCGCUGAGUCGGACUAUGGCCAUUCGAACAUUUACCACGUCGAGUCUGACGCCGUUUCCGAGGAGUCCGAGUCGAGUGGCUAUGAGACCGAUGAUGGCGAGACCACAGAUGAAGACCUUCCACCACCGGCAACAAUUACCCACCCCCGUUCCAUUCUGCGCCGCGAUUCCUCUGCCUCUCUGCCUCCCGCCGACGAGAACAAAAGCCAACCCCCUACUCGUCGGCGAGGUCCAAUCUUAGGUACUUUUGUUGCAGACCCCCACAAGCCAGUGGCCUUGGUCGACUUUACGGGGAAACAUCUUGUGAUCAUUCCAGCCUAUGCCUCGUCCCGCCAUGACUGGCUCGAGUCUGCCACCACCAGCAUUUGCGGCACUGCCAACAAUAGCCCACGUGCCACUACUAUGCACCUGAUCGACGAGAGCGACACGGAUGCCCUGGCCUCGCCGAACCGUCACGACCUUAGUCCGAUGUUGGCAUCGAGUGCUAAUCUAAUGAUGACGGCCCUUGGAAACGACAUUGCCCCGGGUGGACAAGUUAUGGGUCCUCCGGAGGCAUUUUACCCAUCUCGUGAUUUUGCUAUUGAUAGUUCCUUUGAGGAUGAUGACGAUGAUGAUCCGGAAGCCUCCUUGAAUGUCGAGGAUUUCAUAGACUUUGGAGACGGCUCCUCAGACGAGGAAAUGGGCAAGGCAUCUGAUGAAGAUGCGAUUGCUUCGCCAAUGGCCACUGCGUCCAUGACAGUCGUAUCCGGUACUCCUACCCCCAACCGCGGAGGGGAUGUACAACAAAGCAACAGUGCUGAACGCUUCCUGAAUCAUCUGGAUCGUGGCAUUGUGACGGCCUUCCGUCGCAACCACAACAGAUAUCAAGCCCUCCUACGGUUGCCCCAGCACCGAGAAUUCAUGCCUGCCAAUUCUCCCUCUCGGCCUGCUAGCGUCUUCCGCCAUGCCAGACAUGCAGACCAGCGCACGCCUACUCGAAAACGCAAGGCUAGCGGAUAUGCCGGCGGCGAGGCUGUCCGACGAAAGCUCAUGGAUGCCCACCGGCGCACUCAAAUUCCUUUCUAA